CCCCUUUAACACGGUGGAGUCGUGCAUGUUGUUGUGAGUUGAAGUGUGUUAGCGGACGGACCCGUCGACACAGAGACUGAUUCAGCUUCUCAGGACUGUGCAGUGGCCUGAAACCACACGCCUGUGCAGAAUGGCGUCCCCUUCACCCCACGACCGCAGCCGGAAUGAUGACGAGGACGACCCGGUGGAUCGGAUGAUAUCCCGGACUGGAUGUGCCGAGGUGCACUACGCUGUGCAGGAGUGCAUGGCUGAGCACCAGGACUGGCGAGUGUGCCAGAGCCAGGUCCAGACUUUCAAGGACUGCAUGAUGGAUUUCCAAAAAGCCCGGAAAGAACAGCUGAUGAAGCAGCGGCCAAUGUCCACUGAGUCUGCUUCCAACUGAACUCACCAAAACACACACACACACACUUUUUGAAUGAAAAGACUGCCCCGUUUUUUUGUUGUUUUUUGGAGAGUUGAACGAUAUAUAUGAUUUGUUGAUCACACCAUACUGAUUUAUUUAAAUCUAAAUUAGUGUAUGUGCAUUUUGGAAGAAGGUAAUUUUUCAAUUAUGUACUGCGCUCAUAACAUAUCUUGGUCAGAACAGCUACAAAUAUUAUUUUUGUGUUUACGAAUGGACAACAUAAAUUAUUAAA